AGCAAGUUGAUUUCUCGCGAUAUUUGUGAGCUCACAAAUCCCUCAAGAAACCAUCUUGCUCUGCUCCCGCAUUCACUGUUCGUACAGAGCCAAGUUGGCACAGGCCAAUCACGCAGCAGUAUUCGUGUGUGGGGUGGGAUAUCCGGGUGUGAAGACGACACCAAGCGCCAGUAGAUCAAAACAAACAUGGCAACGGAGGACAACGAUCGUGUAGAUGCUGCUAUUAAGUCAGUUUUAGCUGAAUCUCCUAUUGCUUCUUUGAAGGAAGAACAACAAGAGGCGCUUUGCGCAUUUCUGGAUGGUAAAGAUGUUUGUGGUUUUUUACCUACGGGUUUUGGUAAGAGUUUAAUCUACCAAUUGACUCCACUUGUUGUGAAGAUCCCACGAUUGGCUAAAAACAAACCUGUCAGAGGCGGGACAUACUGUUGCAUUGUCCAAUCCGUGCCUCUUUCCUCCGAACGGAUUUACAUGGAGCGGUCCCAGAUUGAUAUUGUGGAGUACUAUCAAGUACUACACAAUUAUUAAUCUGGCUGUUGCCAGGUUAAAGUGUACCGUGUUGAUAAUUCUAUCUGAUAUCAAGCUAACAGAUGCCAGUGGAGGUAAAGAUACCCAAUAUGCUUGAUGCACAAUACAUUUGACAAAACAUGUUGACAAAGAUUUCUUCUUGGAAUUAUUUCAACUGUGAAGGCAAACUGUUUUGGUUGAUUUAGAUUGAAGUAAUCGCGAGCACAUUUGACAGAACUAUUUCAGCACAAGAAUAUUAACGUGAACUUCAUGUUGACAAAGAAAUUUCUUCAUCUGAAUGUCUUUAAAUAUGAAGGCAAACAGUGGUUUGAAGGAAUUACGGUGACAACACAGUUGACAAAACUGUGCAAUUCAGGAAAAGAGUUGAAAUGUCUGAAAAUCUUGAAGGCUUGCAUGCACUUGAACUUCAUGUUUACAAAGCAAGUUCUUCUUCAGAAUCACCUCAAAUGUGAUGCAGAUGCAAAUUAUGUUGUGUUGGAUUGAAGUAAUAGAGGGAAACAAUGCAUUUGAAAACGAUGUGCAUUUAAGCUCAUGAGCAGCAUCAAAUUUCUUCUUCAGAAUGACUUGAAAUGUGGUAAAAAUGAAUGUUGAAGUUGAUUUGCUUUGACAGAAUUAUGGGAACAACAUACUGUACCAAAGUGUGCAUUUCAGCACAGGAAGAGCAUUUGAAGCAUGUACAAAUCAUGAACACUGCAGUAACAUGAACUUCAUGUUUUCAAACAAAUUUCUUCUUCAGAAUGACUUGAAAUGUAGUAAAAAUGAAGACAAAUGCUGUUGAAGUUUAUUUGAAGUAAUUGCAGGAACAACAUAUUUUACAAAAGUGUGCAUUUCAGCUUAGGAACAGCAUUUGAAGCUGAUUAACGUCAACAGUAACGUGAACUUCAUUUUCACAUAAAAUUCACAUAAAAUUCUUCAGACUGACUUGAAAUGUGGUAAAAAUUAAGACAAAUGCUGUUGAAGUUGAUUUAGUUUGAAGGAAUUGCAGGAACAAUAUACUGUACCAAAGUGUGCAUUUCAGCUCAGGAACAGCAUUUGAUGCAUGUAGAAGUAAUGAGGGCUACAGUAACGUAAAUUUCAUGUUUUCAAACAAAUUUCUUCUUCAGAAUGGCUUGAAAUGUGGUACAAAUGGAUACAAAUGAUGUUGAAGUUGAUUUCAAGUAAUAACGGGAACAAUGUAUUUUAAAAAGUGUGCAUGUGAACUCAGGAACAGCAUCUGAAGUGAAGCAUGUACAAAUCAUGAAGGCUGCAGUAACGUGACCUUCAUGUUUUCAAACAAAUUUCUUCUUCAGAAUGACUUGAAAUAUGUUAAAAAUGAAGACAAAUGAUGUUGAAGUUGAUUUGAUGGAAUUGCAGGGACAACAUAUUUAACCAAAGUGUGCAUUUCAGCUCACGAGCAGCAUUUGAAAUGUAUAAAAAUCAUGGAGGCUACAGUAACAUGAUCAUGUUUUCAAACAAAUUUCUUCUUCAGAAUGAUUUUAAAUGUGAUAAAUAUGAAGGCAAAUGAUAUUGAAGUUGAUGUGGAUUGAAGAAUUGCUGGGACAACAUAUUGUACCAAAGUGUGCAUUUCAGGUAAGGAACAGCAUUUGAAGCAUGUAGAAAUCAUGAAGAGUGCAGUAACAUGAACUUCAUGUUUUGAGUUGCAAUGUGAAAAAUGUGAAGGAAAGUGAUGUUUCACUUAAUUUAAUUUUGAAGGAAAUUGCAACUGGCAAAAGGACUGGCUGCAACAAAACCAUACAGAAAGCUAAAGAGUUGUUUAACAAACAGUGACAAAGUAAAAGAAAGAUGCAACAAACCCUUUCACUAUGACUCGUGUUUUGUCAACACGUUUGACAAAAUGUUGAAAGCUUGGAAGGAGGAUGUUUUUAUUUUUUAUUUCUUCUGUACUCAGAUAAAGUGAGGGAUUGGAUUUGGGGGCGUGUUUGGCAGAAUCUCUAGACAGUUUGGAAAACCCAUCACUCUGGCGUUCAUAAAGCCACUACUGAGGGCGCCAGACCAAACACAUGCUCUCAACUGUCUGACUGGAUAAAGUUUUUUCUGAGGAGUCUAAAAUCAUCAGGUUGAAUAAUGCAGAAACAUUCAGUACUGGUCUUUGUAGUAGUUUUGGCAAGGCUGGUCACCCCGUUGGAGAGCACUGACGCUGAAACAUUUCAAGGCGCUCAUCCAAAUAAAUACAACCCGAAUGAAUCGGAGAGGUGUCUGCAGCCACCUAUCAAUGGGCUCCUCGCCCGCGGAACGGGGGCCCCAAUCUCAAACGACGAAGUGCUCGAGUCCAGUCAGGAGGCUCUGCACGUCACGGAGCGUCGGUACCUGCGGCUGGACUGGUGCAAGACGCAGCCGCUGAAGCAGACCAUUCGGGAGGAAGGCUGUCUGAGCCGGAGCAUCAUCAACCGCUUCUGCUACGGACAGUGCAACUCUUUUUACAUCCCGAGGCACAUGUACCAGGACGGGAUCGCCUUUCAGUCCUGCUCUGCUUGCAAACCCAAAACCUUUAGCACCGUUACUUACACCUUGUUCUGUCCGGGACAGACACCAAGUACGAAGAAGAAACGGGUUCAGCGCGUAAAGCAGUGCCGCUGCACAACUAUUGAUACGGAUUAACCCCGAACUAAGACCUGCUGGCUGAUGAUAUUCUCUUUCCUGGAAAAUAAAAAGGGAUGUCUGUGUCUUACUUAGAGGAAAUAUGAGAAUAAACUUAAAAUAGCUGAAAGAGCUGAAAGACAUCAGAAAUUGUAGUAGUUGGUUGAUGUGCCCAUUGGUCAACGCAACCAUGGACCAAUCACUCUGUCAGUUUUCACUUAUCUCUGCUUCCACAGUCUUUGUGUGUUAUAUCAGACUGACACUAUUUGUUGGCACAUGGUUUCAAAUGCAGAUACCAAUGAUCAAAACUGUUUACUCCGAGUGCCAAUGACACUGGGUUUAACUACAUAACAACAUAUCAUAAUAACGUUAUGUAGACAUGCAAAAUAACGGAUGUGAAAGACUUGCAAGAGGACACAUCUUCAAAAGUUGUUUCCACUGUGUGGGAUGUGAAGCUGAAGGCUUUGGAAAUAUUACAUUUUUUUUUUUUUU